CCUUCCGAUCUCCAUCUCAUCAGAAAACCAAUAUCACCACCACCACCGAUCAAAAUGGGUGGCGCCACCGCAGUCAACGACACAGAAUCACCAUCUCACACCCUCCUUCCAAAGACCAAAACCCCAAAAGACACAUACCAUUUAGCAUACAUAAUCUACUUCAUAUUAGGAACAGGUUACUUGAUCCCAUGGAAUGCAUUCAUCACAGCCGUCGAUUACUUCUCAUACUUAUACCCAGAUGCGUCCGUUGACCGCGUUUUCGCAGUCGUAUACAUGAUGAUAGGACUAGUAUGCCUUGUUUUCAUAGUAUUCAAUGCUCAUAAAUCGCAUUCUUUUGUCAGGAUAAACGUGGGUCUUGGUCUGUUUGUCGUGUCUUUGCUUGUUGUCCCUGUGAUGGAUGUGGUUUACAUUAAAGGACAAGUUGGGAUAUAUGGUGGGUUCUAUGUGUCGGUUGGGGCAGUUGGGUUGGCUGGAAUUGCGGAUGCUUUGGUUCAAGGAGGUGUUAUUGGUGCUGCUGGUGAAAUGCCUGAAAGAUAUAUGCAAGCUGUUGUUGCUGGUACUGCUGCUUCAGGAGUUCUCAUAUCUGCUUUAAGAAUAUUCACAAAAUCGGUCUACUCCCAAGAUGAGAUUGGGCUAAGAAAAAGUGCUAAUCUUUACUUCAUCGUCAGUAUAGUCGUGAUGAUAAUAUGCAUUGUAUUGCACAAUGUAGCACACAGACUCCCUGUUAUCAAGCAUUACAAUGAUUUAAAGAUCCAAGCUGUGAACAGUGAAAAGGAAGAAAAUGGUGUUCUCUCAGAAGCCUUACGGCAAUCAACAUUAUGGGAUGUUGUUGGGACGAUUAAAUGGUAUGGCCUUGGUACGGUUAUCAUCUAUGUUGUGACUUUAGCCAUAUUUCCAGGUUAUAUUACAGAAGAUGUUCAUUCUCAAAUUCUCCAAGACUGGUAUCCAAUCAUCCUUAUAGCAAGUUACAAUGUAUUUGACUUGAUUGGAAAGUGUUUGACUUCCAUUUAUGUGAUCGAGAAUUCAAAGGUAGCUAUAGGUGCUUCAUUUGCUCGCCUUUUGUUUUUUCCGGUUUACUUGGCAUGUCUACACGGUCCUAUGUUCCUUCGGACCGAGAUUCCGGUAACCCUUGUGACUUGUCUUUUGGGGCUCACAAAUGGCUACUUGACUAGCUGUUUGAUGAUGGCAGCUCCUAAAUUGGUGCAGCUUCAACAUGCAGAGACUGCAGGGAUCGUGCUUGUGUUAUUCUUGGUCGUGGGUCUGGCAAUUGGUUCUGUUGUUAGUUGGUUUUGGGUGAUUUAGUUGUGGCUCUUGAUGUGGUAUUGUAAACUGUGUAUGUGGAUGAAUAUGAUAGCACGAGGUAAAUAUUGUUUCUUUUUAUUCUCUGAUUUCGUUCCCGGUUAAGGGCAAUUUCAUUAACUGUAAAAUGUUCCAACUAUUUGAUACGAACGGUUUGAAUUAAAACUUCCUUGCAUGUUUAAGCACCAUUCUUGUGGAA